AUGAUGCAAGCUCCGAGGGGCCUGAACAUGAGCUCCCAGCAGGCACCACAGGCUCGGAGGUUCCCCAUCGAGGCAGGCGACUGUCCCAGCUCAGCUCUGCCUCCCGAAAUGCAGGAGCCGGUAGGCGCCGAGCUGUCUGUGGGAAGGCAGCUGCGGCGAUGCCCCGGCAGCCACUGCCUGACACUGCCCAACGUCCCCAUUGACGUAUUCAUUGCCAUGGGAAGGAGUGACAGGCCUCGCACCACCUAACGGCCCCUGCGCCCGUGGAGCUGCCAAGGACACAGAUUGGUGACGGACUUUAAA